GCGUGGGCCAAACUGAAAGCGAAUUCUACGAGGUUUGAGAAAAUUGGAACGCACCGUAAGGGCGGAGGCCAUUGUUAAAGUCACAUUAUUUUAUUUCUUUCCAUUCGACAAAUCUUAAACUUAAAUUUUUAUAUAAAUCUAGUAAUAUAAAGAAGUGUAGUAGCGUGUUCAUAGUAAUUAUUUUAAUUGCAAAGCUUUUUGAGUAUUUUGGUCACAUCAACGAGCGAACAUCUGUGUACGUGCCAAGUGUCUAUUCUUCAGCAAAUAAUAUUAUAAUGGACCUUGGUUCCAUGCGAAACUAGCUUUAUACAAGAUAUACUACAGUUUUUAAUUCGACAGUAAAAAACGACGCAACAAGAUGUCUUCGUUCCAGCAGAUAUUAGCUUUUAAAAGAGAGUUUAUUGUUGCUGAGAAAUACAGGAUCAUUAGGAGGAUUGGAGGUGGUUCUUUUGGGGACAUCUACCUCGGUAUUAAUAUCGUCAAUGGCGAGGAGGUAGCUGUAAAGAUAGAAUCUGUAAAAGCGCGGCAUCCGCAGCUUCUAUAUGAGAGCAGAGUGUAUAAAAUGCUCCAAGGGGGCAUUGGAAUACCACACAUAAGAUGGUACGGCUUUGAGAAGGACCACAACAUCCUCGUGAUGGACCUGCUGGGCCCGUCUCUGGAGGAUCUGUUCAAUUUCUGUUCGCGCCAGUUCACCAUCAAGACUGUGCUCAUGCUUGCAGAUCAAAUGAUGGGCCGCGUGGAGUUCAUCCACUGCAAGUGCUUCAUCCACCGCGACAUCAAGCCGGACAACUUCCUCAUGGGCAUCGGCCGGCACUGCAACAAGCUGUACAUGAUCGACUUCGGGCUCGCCAAGAAGUUCCGCGACAUGCGCACGCGCGCGCACAUCUCCUACCGCGAGGACAAGAACCUGACGGGCACCGCCCGCUACGCGUCCAUCAAUGCGCAUCUCGGCAUCGAGCAGUCCCGACGAGAUGACAUGGAGUCACUCGGCUACGUACUUAUGUAUUUCAAUAGGGGAUCGCUGCCAUGGCAAGGACUGAAGGCGAUCACCAAGAAGCAGAAGUAUGAGAGAAUCAGCGAGAAAAAGAUGUCCACUCCGGUUGAAGUGCUUUGCAAGGGAUUCCCGGCCGAGUUUGCGAUGUAUCUAAAUUACUGCCGUGGACUUAGCUUCGAUGAACCCCCAGACUACAUGUAUCUCAGACAACUGUUCCGCAUCCUGUUCCGCACGAUGAACUACCAGUACGACUACACGUUCGACUGGACGAUCCUGCGGCAGCGCAAGCAGCAGUCGAUGGAGGCCGCCGCCGCGCCCGCCGACCGCCGCUCGCCCUCCGUGCAGCGCCGCGCCGCGCAGCAGCCGCCGCAGCCGCCGCCCAACAACGAGUGAAAGAGAUUACGUCGUUCGGCGGCCCCCGGCGCACCGGCGAAGAAGCGAGCGCGAUAACGUUGUGUGUGUGCGUGUGUGACACUGCCGCGAGUGUGUGUGUGUGUGUGACGCUCGCCCGCUCACCGGUGCCGCCGACGGCUCGACGCGUCACGUGAUUGCAUCCGACGACCCCCGACACACGUAGCGUUUGUUGUGCGUUAUCUGCUGAGUCGUCGCGCCAUCGAGCGUGACCCUGUCUGUUCUAGCUCGUACGCAGCGUAAGUUGUGCGUUAUCUACUCAGUCGUCGCGCAUACGCAGUGUAAGUUGUGCGUUAUCUACUGAGAAGUAGGUACAUCGAUCGUAACCCUGCUUGACGAGCUCAUCUGAAGACCCCAACAUACGCAGUGUCAGUUGUCGAUCUGUCUGGCCAAUGACUAGCUGAUAUAAAUGUCUGUCUAUUAACAUAUAUGACUCCUUUGAUAACGCACAGACUAGUCAGUCUACAAAGUAACUGAUUAGUAGGUCAUAAAUGUCAAUAUCUGACUAUUGACGUAUAGUCUCACAACUCUGUUGAUAAAGCACUGGCUAGUCGGGCUAUAAAUGUGAAUGGAUAUGGAAAUUGGGACAUGAUGUAUGGCCCAACGACUCAGUUGAUAACGCGCUUGCUGUUUAUACGUGACGUUUUACUUGCGCAAGUUAAACUUGCUCAAGUCACGGCCGAAUGUACAUGUUUUUUUUUUGUUAAAUUUCUGCAGCUUUUGACUUGGAACAGAUACCUAUAGUCAAUCUAUUCGAGGAAGUCUGAUGUUAGAUAUAUUUAUGACAGGAACACAGAGCGAACCAAAGAUAAUAGAGGAGCAUGGAAUGUAAAUUGCUUGUUAUGGUCUGCAGUGUUAAAGAUGGCUGGUCGUGGUUUUACGUUGUUAAAAAAAAAUUCAUCAUCAUCAUCGUCAUCAUCAUCAUCAUUAACAGCCUCAGACCAAUUAUAGCAGGGCCUGUAUCACACUCAUAGUCACGAACACGAAAUUGUCUGUCAUUUUUUGAGGAAAACGAGCUUAGAUUUGGUAUAUAUCUUAUACUAAAUUAGAAGUGUUUGCCCAUUUUUUACACCAUUCAACUACACAACUUUUUGUGUAUUUUUAUGGAGCUCUUUAAUCGACAAACACGAUUACAACUAUUUCACAUAGAUUCUAUAGAGACAGUUUUUAUAAUCGCAUUAGAUCGUUGAUCAUAUACUUUGACAGAAAAGUAAUGUCUAGCAAAGCAGGUCCUAUACAAUAAUCGGUCUGAGUUAACAGCCGAUGGUCACAAUAACAAAAUUGUCUGUCUGUCUGUUUGUCUGUUUUUUGAGGGACUAUAAACUCACACAUCGAAUAUAUUUUUCACCAAUAAAUAUAUCCUGUGUCCUUGCACCACACACAUAUAAAUUUUAAAUCGUAAUACAUUGACAGGGUAACCUCUAGCGAUGCAGGUCCUAAAAAGUAAGAUCCUAAAGAUAAGCCAUGCCCAGUUGGCACAAAUGAAAGCCAUAAAGAAGAAUUGAAUUGAAUUCAUAUUUAUUAGAUCCUCGAAAUGGAGCUUGUCAGCCUUCAUCAAGCAAUCUUCUUCUUCCCUUCUACUCGAGACUGGUGAGAUAAGCCGUCUUCAGUUUUUUUUUUUUAAUAUUCUUUACAAGUUAGCCCUUGACUACAAUCUCAAUAGUAAGUGAUAAUGUAGUCUUAGAUGGAAGCGGGCUAACUUGUUAGGAGGAGGAUGAAAAUCCACACCCCUUUUGGUUUCUACACUACAUCGUACCGGAACGUUUGCCUUACAUUUUAACUCUACAUCAAAGCUAAACAGACUUUCUAGAACAGAUUGACUAUACCUACUGGAACAACACUGAUUACUUUCUACAAACGCUAACGCUACGAAAACUAAAAAAAUGCAUGGGAAUGACAGAUACGAUCGAUAACUUGAUCACAUGACCUGUCGAUAACAAAUGUCAUUCCCAUAUUUUUUUUUUUAUUUUCGAACAGUUUUCCAUUGUAGAAAGAGAAUCGAUGGUCAGAGACUACAUUAUGUCCGUUUCAUUGGCCAGUCUAUAGAAGUAUAGAGGGAGCUUAGAACAAUAUAUUAUUUAGCCUCAGAUCUUCCCAAUCGCUUAUGAAAAUUUUGCCAGUUCUAUUUAGUCUUAAAUCAGUUUUUUAGCAAUAUUCUGUAACCAAUGUUUUUGUAACUCUACAAUGUGCAUUUUGAAUUAGUCUGUAUACUGUCUCUCAUACUAUAGAUAUUCAAACUUACACUAUCUAGUUGUAAAAACUUUGUUAACAGAAUAAUUCAAAUUUUGAAAACUUGAUGCAUAGAUUAAUACUAUGAGCGAAAAGGAUGCGUUUGGAUAAGUUGCCAGUCGUUGCAAUUAGUAAAUCUGUGGCAAAUGUGGUAUUUGUUUCAUCGUUUCAUCGUUUCAUGGCGAUGAAACAGAAGUUCAGUUGCAAUUAAAAUUUUUUUGAAUUGUUGAUCGUAAAAGUAUUGUGUACCAAGAGUCGUCGUAUGUAUGUAUUAGUUUGUAGUGACGUAUCGAGCCUAAACUCUUUGCGGCGUCGUACGCGACGUAUAUACAUAUAUUAUAGACAUUAUUUUCUAUUACAGAGGCCUUUUUAAGUUAAUAUCAGGUUAAUGCAUUGUGGCCGUUCGGUUGCCCCCCCCCCUCCCCCAAUCCCAUUAAUUAAAAAGUAAAAAUACGUGUAUAGUAUAAAAACUUCGGUAAACUAACUUUCUGAUUAGUAUGUAUUGUACAUUCUAUCAAGGAUAUAUAAUAGUUAAUGUAGGGCCAUUCAGACAUGAUAAAUUUAUGUUCGUUUAGUGUGAAGGAAAAGCACACACAAAAUUAUUUGUUUUUGAAAAAAGUAUAACUUUAAAGUUGUUUAUCAUGUCUUAUUGGCCUAAUAUUAUUUUUGGUUCAUUUACACGUUUGGUUUCGCUGUAAAGAGUGCAUGCUAUUAAGAUUUUGAUAAUAAUUUGGAUUUGUAUAGAAAACAUUAAUUAUUGUAAUAAUUAAAAACAUAUUUAAUAACGACAUAACAUUUCUGGAUAAAAUAUUAUUGAAUUUUAGUUUUUAUUCAUCUCAAUUUUUAAACUUAGUUUGUCAAUGUUAGUUUCUUCCUAAUUAGUUAGAGUUAAUGAAUUUAAUUAGUUAUAAAUAUGUUAUAAAUAAUUUUCCCUAGUGUUGCACACAUUCGCUUAUGAACCUCCCCAAAGUGUGUACCUUUCUUUUGUUGUCAAAUAAUAUAAAAAAUGUAAAAGUUCAUUUUGGUUUAUGAAAAGUUUAAAAAUUAAAACAAUACUUGGUUUAAAUCUAAAAAUUUACUGAUUACAAAUUAUGAUAGGUUUCUCUGUAUUGAAAAACUCGAAAAUGUAAAAAAAAAAGAUGAAAAAUUAUAGGUUAAUUGAAAAAAUUUAAUCAUUUCUUUUAGAGCGCCUCGCACGUCCCCCCUUUAUAGAUGUAAGCUCCUUAACUAUAUUUUAAAGUUUGUCUGUUAAUCAUACCUGCUCUGGAAAUUGUAAAUAGUUUGGUGCGCGCGAGUCGUUUUAAAAGAUUUUGGUACAUGGAUGUGUAUCGUAUAUUUUUAAGAAAAAAAAAAAUGUAAAUAUGAGACAGUGUUCAUUUUAACUGUUAUUUUUUUAAGAACACGCUAUCCUUGGUUUUGUCCUAUACAGCGAGUCGUGAUCCUAGUCCUUUGUAACAUACUGCCCCUCCUUCCUUACCCCUGCCGUUUGGCGAUAUUUUUAUAUUAAAACUAAUAACUAAGUGUACCCACAUUUAACUAAUGCUUCCAUAGCGAACAUCACACGGCUAUAAUCACGAAUCGCGGUACAUAUUAUGGAGAAUAUAAAAGUGUAAUGUACGACUGAGACGAGUGUUUGGGUGAAUGGGGACAAAAAACUAUGUAUUUAAUGCCCGUAGAGCAAUUGACUGGAAUAUAUUAUGGAUCAUAACUUUUUUUAGGGUUUUUACCUUGUGAUAACACGGAUCUCAAUAUUCCUCUUCGAAAAUGGCGGUGACUCGAUUCUCCCGCGGCGCAGUCCACAGCGGUUAUUUUGUCUCCAUAGAAACAUGUUCAUUAUAACGCACUUAACUCUAAAUUAAUAAAUAAUAAUAAACGUG